UAGAGCUCAUCAACCAUGGCCGAACAGACAGAGAAGGCAUUUCUGAAGCAACCCAAAGUGUUUUUAAGCUCCAAGAAAUCUGGGAAGGGGAAGAGACCAGGAAAGGGAGGGAACCGCUUCUGGAAGAGCAUUGGUUUGGGCUUCAAGACUCCUCGUGAAGCUAUUGAAGGAACCUACAUCGACAAGAAAUGCCCAUUCACUGGCACGGUUUCUAUCAGGGGUCGCAUCUUAGCUGGUACUUGCCAUAGCGCCAAGAUGAUGAGGACAAUCAUUGUUCGACGGAAUUACCUUCAUUAUAUCAAGAAAUACCAAAGGUAUGAGAAGAGGCACUCAAACAUUCCUGCACAUAUUUCUCCAUGCUUCCGUGUGAAGGAAGGGGAUCAUGUCAUUAUCGGGCAAUGCAGACCAUUGUCAAAGACUGUGAGGUUCAAUGUUUUGAAAGUGAUUCCUGCUGGAUCUUCUGGUGGUGGGAAGAAAGCUUUCACUGGAAUGUAAGUUGCGAGCGUCUUCUGUGUGUUGUCCGGGGGGUGUAGGAGCCUAUGGAGAAGACAUAAGAAUCUCUUGAACUGCCUCUAGAUUUGAAGAACAUUUGACUGCUAGAUUUUUUUUCUAGUUUUUCUUUCUUUUUACUUUCUAUGUUUGGAUUCUGUCAAAUUACACAUCUGGAAUUUUGAAGAUAUCCCCUCUUAUAUCCUUCUUGAAUAGGCUUGAAAUUUUUCUUAUUUAGUAUGAUACAUUUCUUUUAAAAAAUAAUUAUUUACUAAGAAUUAUGUUUUAUAAAGAGUCGUGUUUGUACAAAUAGAUAUUUUUGUAGACAGAUAUGUCUGUAUAAACAAAUUUUUAUUUUGUUAUAAAUAGAACUGAUUUGAUUUUUGUAAGAGAUAGAAAAAUAUCUUACUUCAAAAUAAAGUUUGUUCGUACG